AUGUACAAAUCUACUUCGUCGUUCAGCCCUUCUCGUAUCGUUGUCGUAUCUUCCGGAGCUCAUUAUUCUAUUGCAAAUACCAAAUCGCACAUAAAACUGGAUGAUUUGCAAUUUGAGAAGUCCUAUAACGAAUGGGAAGCCUAUGGACAAAGCAAACUUGCUAAUAUUUUAUUUACUCGUGAAUUGGCUAAACGUUUAAAGGGAACCGGUGUUACUGCAAACUCUCUUCAUCCUGGCGUUAUUUUCACAGAACUUAGUCGCUACGCAUUAUCGGAGAACGUUAAUAAAUUCUUGAAUUUUAUUUCACCUGUAGUAAUGAAGACGCUUGAGGAGGGCGCGCAGACGACAAUACACCUUGCUGUGUCUGAAGACGUAGCAAAUGUAACUGGAAAGUAUUUUGUGGAUUGUGAAGAGACAAAACCAGCUCAUACAGCAGAAGACGAUGAUGGAGCCAAACGACUGUGGGAAAUUAGUGAAGAAAUUGUUCAACUAUCUGCACAAAAAUAAAACAAUUUUAUUUAAAAAAAAGCUGUACUUCUCAGCAAUUUACAACGUUAUCUUGUUGGUUUAUUAAAGUGUGACAUGAUAUCGCUACAA